UAUUAGCUGUUGAUGUAUUUCGUAACAUUACUUACUAUAUUGUUGCAUCUGUUAUCAGCAGGAUCAAUAAAAUUUCUACCCAUCUGGAGUAUAUAAUCGAACUUCUAGGUGUUAUCGGUCAUUUUCUAGAAGUCAUGAUAUUUCAAAUGGGUAUCAUUGGUACAGCCCCUGUUGAUCGGUCAACUACAUUUGGUAUUAAGCAGCGUAAAGUUGAAGAUUUGGAGAAAGAUGAGAUUAUUUUCCUAGAAGGAGAUCAUAAAAAGAAGAUAAAGCUUCCCUUUCUUACUCUCUAUGAGAUUUUUUCUAGUUGUAACACUUCCAAAAUUCUACAAAUCAAGAUUCUCGAUACUUUGAGCAAUGUAUUAUCUCCAGAUCAAAAUAAACACUUGACAAUUUUGGUGAUUAUGUUCCGAUUAUGGGCAAUUUACCAAAGAGCAAUUGAAAUAGGAUCUAUUGAUCCAUGCAAAU